AUGCAGUCAAAGACAUCAGUUCGUCUUCUUCAUCUCCCCUUACAACUGAUUGGGUUGCCUAUUUGCGGUAUCACUUUGACGACGUGUUGUUGGUUGUCCUCGGAGACAGAUUUUCUAACACUCUCCUUCUCCCUCUCCUCCCCACCUUUUGUCCUUUCUGUCUGUCGUCUGCUGUACCAGUCACGGAACCGAGUGUGCCGGUCUCAUUGCUGCUGUGGCCAACAACAAGAUCUGCUCACAUGGCAUCGGCUUUCGCUCCAAAGUGUCAGGACCUCUCGCGACUGUGGAAAAGCUCAUUAUCAGCACUCUCUCUCUCUCUCUCUCUCUCAACGUUUGGACACUCUAGAUCCUUCCACAGAUUCUGUCGCCAUGUUAGCCAGAAGUGCUGGUGCAAUGGGUCAUAACAACAACAGCUGUUGUUGUGCUGUUCACCGGAGGCGCCAGUGA